AUGAAUUCUUCACAUCCGAAGUACAUUUCAGUUCCUUCUCCACACACUUGCAACAUGAGUAAAAAAAAUGUUCCUCUGCAACCAGAAUUCCACCCUGCCAACUGGAAAAGGCCGUCUGUAAAUGAAGGGGGCUUUGCCUCAGGUCUUCAGGACUCCCUAGAGUCUGACUGGGAAAGCCUUGUGCGGGAGGCACAGUAUCAGUUACAACUCCAGCAGAGGAUUCACCAACAUGAGGAGCUGGUGGGAGUGUAUUCUGAGGAGCUGGAGAGGGACAGCUUGGAAGAAGACAGCUUGGAGGAGACGAUUUUAGAAGAACAAGAAGGAGCCGAGUAUGACACAAAUCAACACACAAAUACAACACAAAAGGAUGAUGGUAAUGGCAGGAAACAACAAUCUGUGGACAAAUAUUUCAGCCUAAGGUACAAUCCUAACUGGAAGAAUACAAAAGAGGUAGCAGAAUUUUCUGAGGCAGAAAAAGCUUGUGGAGUUGCUGGAAGAAGCAGCAUGGAUGCAUUUUACCUCCUUUCCUGUGGCUUCCCAGAAGAAAAGAAUCACCUGGAGGUCAGGUCACAGGAUCCAUUCUCAGAGCUUGGUACAGAAUUACCAAAUGCUGUGGCCAGCAAUGAACCUUUCAGGCUACAUACCAAAGGGAAGGAAUCUGCAGAUGGCUGUCAUCUCAAAGGUAGUCCCAGUACAUAUGGCAGUGCUUUUUCUCUUCAGAUUCAACAAGAUCGACCAAAAAGAGAAAAAAAAAACUUUGUGGAAAAAAAUAAACAGACUUUAGGAUUCCAUUCAGAGAAGAUGAAUUCCUACCUUCAGUUGCACAGUAAAAAGCAAGAAGCUCUUCAAGUACAGGUUGCUGAUGCUAAAAGUGUUGAUGAGGAACCCCUUCAGAGUGUCCUGCCAUUCCAGACUGUGAAAAUGGAGCCUGAAGACAAGUGGCACCUGAAAGCACAGCAGCUCAAGGGUCACCAAAACAAGUCAUCUCAGAGAAAUAAAAUAAAACCCAACCAGAAUCUCAAAGGGAGACCUUCCCCAAGGAAUGACAGCCAACAAACACCAGGAAGACCUGCAGAACCAAAGUCUUGGCAUCACCAAAUACCAGAGUUUCAGGCUGUUCCCAUGCAGGCAGUGGAGCAAGACAACAGCAGCACACUGCAGAAAUGGCCAUAUGCAAAUCCUUCUCUUGGCCCUGACACUAAUACAGCAGCAAAUUCAGCUACUUGCUUAAAUAACUUAUCAAAUUCAAGACAUUUUCUUAAUCAGGAUUUUGCCACACCUACCUAUCCUCUUCAUCCAACAUUACAACCUCUGCUGGGUAAAAUUUAUGUAUCACCAGCAUAUACCAGCAAGGAGGACAAGAAAUAUCAGCAUGAUUCUUCACAUGGACUUCCACAGGACCAGCAACAUUUGUACAACCGUGUCACUGUGCAGCUUUUUGGAAGAGAUGACAGUACCAGUGGCCCAGCAGAUCCAAACCAGAGGAAUAUUUCAUCUGCUUUUAAUGCCAGUUUUCAAGAACUGCCAAAGGACCAAGUAUCACUCCAGGAUUGCAAAAGACAGAUCUAUGCAGAUAAAAGGUAUCAGAACUAUGCUGUCCAUAGUUUAUGGCCUUCUCAGUCUUCUGUUCACAGUUCACCAGCAGCCCCUUGUACAACCUCCCAGCUCACACAAUCGAUGGAGCAACAUCACCAAGAAACCACUCGUGUGGCAGAAGCUCACUUCACUGACAGGCACUUGUUCAGCCUGCUUCCACAUAUAAUCCCCCAGGUAGAAGGUGGUUCAGAGGCAGAUCCAGAGAGCAGUGAAGGAGAUCCAGUGAACAUAAUGCAAAGCAGCUCAGAAGGAUAUGUCAUGCAAAUGGGAAAGCAAAACCAGCCUAAAGUCAGCAAGAAGCCAUAUAACUCAAAGCCCCACAUAAAUCUGAAUGUGAAGCUUGGAGGCCUUGGACCUGACUAUGAAGCAGUCAAAGAGAAAAAAGAAAAGUUAAAGCAGCAAAAGGAGUAUGCAAAGCAAAUUCAGGAGCACAAUAUGAAGAGCAUCGCUUUGGUUCAGAGGCUACCCACAAAACCCCAGGUCACAUCUUCAGUGUCCAGACAGAAGGCACUUGAAUAUGCUAAGAAGAUUCCUAGACCAAAGACUUUCAUGGCAAGACGCUCAGAUGAAGAGGUGAAGGAGGAAGGAGUUCUACCACAGAUUUUAAAUGGAGACAGAUUACCUCAAAUUGCAUCCUUGGAAUCUUUGCAAAACAGACACGAGAAGGAGAAGCAAGUUGUAGCUGCUUUCAGAACCCUUCAUAUUUUAUAG